AUGCGGCGGCCGCUACUGGUGCUGCUAUGCGCGGCGGCCGCGGCCGGCGCCGGUCAGCCCUCCUUCCAGCUGCUGUCCGGGGUGCUAGCCGCCACACCGUUCAAAACGCUCACCACAAUCUCCAAUGUGGCGUGCUCGAGUCGCUGCAGCCGGCUGGCCUACAGCAAGUGCGCGGCCUACUCGUUCGCCGCCAAUGGCACCUGCUGGCUGUUCAGGACCACGUGUCUGCAGACGGAGCCGAGCGCCGACCACCCGGGCGUCGUCAGCUACGCCAAGCCGCCGGAGCCGAGCCGCUGGUGCCCCGACAAUCAAGGAAUAGCCUUCGACAACCGGUGCUUCAUGCGCCGCCACGCGUUGAUCCCACUGACGUGGCAAGCGGCGCAGCAGGCGUGCAAGAUCCGUGACGCCUGCAGCCACCUGGCCAUGCCCACGCACCGCGCCGCCUUCCUGGCACUGUGGCACUUCAAGCGGCCCAACGCCUACGAGUGGAUCGGCGCUGAGGACCCGGACGGCGACGGCGUGAUGAGCAACAUGGACGGCAGCAGCAGCUGGACGCCGCCCAUGUACAGCUGGGCCAGCGCCGGGCCCAUACUGAUGCCCGACCGCUACCUGAGCGAAAUCCACCGCACCACAAACGUCAACAGCAACAUCCACUACUACAUCUGCGAGGGCGACCUGCGAUGUCGCAUGAACGCCCCGUGCCCAGCCGGCUGGUUCCUCCUCGAGCAGUACUGCUACCAGUACUUCACCGAGAGUCGCAUCUGGCACGACGCCAACGCCUUCUGCUCGACGCACGGUACCAACGGCCAGCUGGCCAGUCCCGGCAGCAACGGCAUCUGGUUGGUGCUCUGGGACAGGCUACUCAGCAACACCGAGACGCGCGUGUUCAUGGGCGCCCACGACAUAGGCCGCGAGGGCCUGUGGUACACGCUGGACGGCGGCGGCGUCGGCGUGCCCUGGCACAGCUCUCAGCCCGACAACGCCGGCGGCGCAGAGCACUGCCUGGAGAUGAUUGGCGGGGCGGCCAACGACAUCCCGUGCGACCACCUGCGCCACUUCAUCUGCCGCUCCGACGCCCAGCUCUGCUAGCGCUCCGUG